AUGAACGUUCCAAAUGAAUAUUACCGCUACAUUCGACCAAUAACAAUUGUCUGUAAAAUUAUAGCGAUAUGGCCACUUGAAAAAAAAACUGGUGAUAGUCAAUCAUCUUUUCAUUUGGCAAAACUCUCACGAGUAAUUCACAGAAUAAUAUUGUUCGUUAGUGUUACCGUUUGUACAAUUGCAGCAGCAGUUGAUAUUUUUAAAAAUUUAUCUGAUAUGGCUGAGGCAACUGAGUGUGCUCUUGUUACAUCAUCAUGUUUAAUUUGUUGUUUACGUAUUGCUAUAUUUACAAUACAUCAAAAAAAUCUCACUAUUCUUAUUAAUAUUAUGAAAAUUGAUUGGUUAACUUCGUCAAAUGAAGAUAGAAAUUUAUUAAAUGAAAAAUGUAGCUUUACAUUUCAUCUUGCUCAUCGUUUUAUCAUAACUGUUUUUAUAACUAUUGGAUUUUUUAUGACUGUUCCACCGUUUGAAAUUAUAUUUCUUGGAUCUGAAGACAGAGUUUUACCAUUUCGUGGUUAUUAUUUUAAAAAUCAAACAACACAUUAUUUAUUUCCUUAUAUUUAUGCAUUUAAUAUAUUAAGUGGUGCAUUUUUGGGUGGUUCAGCAAUUGCUGCAGCUACUACACUUAAUUUAAUUCUCGUAAUGCAUGCUGCUGCAAAAUUUUCAUUAGUACGAAAAUGUUUAGAAACAUUGGAUCAAAAACAAAAAAAUUUUCUAGCAAUUAGUAUUGAUUGUAUAAAAAAACAUCAAGAAGCUAUCGACUUUGCUAAUCGUCUUGAAGAUACUAUUAAUAUUCUUGCAUUUGGACAAUUUUUAGUAAGCAGUGGUAUUGUUUGUAUUGCUGGUUUUCAAAUAGUAGCUAUGAAAGAAGAUAGAGGAAGACUAAUGAAAUAUAUAAGUUUUUUACUUUCAGCAACAUUUGGUUUAUUUUUAUUUAGUUAUAGUGGAGAUGUAUUAAUAACAGAGAGCGAAGACGUUGGAAAUUCAUGUUUUAAUUCUGAUUGGGUUGGUGCAAAUGACAAGUAUAAACGUAAUAUUAAAAUCUUAAUGAUUAGAUCAACAAAACCUUGUAAAAUAACUGCUGGUAAAUUUUAUGACAUGUCGCUUCAAAGUUUUUCAAAUCUUUUGAGUACAUCAUUCAGUUAUUUUACUGUAUUAAGUAAUUAUAAUUAGUUUAAUAAUCAUAUUAUUGUAGUAAAUUAAAUUAAUAUAACCACUGCAAUUUAAUAUUAACAAUGUAAAAAAAUUUGGAUGACAAAGGUAUUUUAUAACCCUGUAAAAUCAUACCAUUUCUUUAUCACAUAAAACAAAGUUUUGCAGCUUAAAAAUGACGGAGUUUUAAAUUAUCUUAACUAAUAAAAAAAAACAUUAUGAAAAUAA